UAAUAGCCCAAAGCAGUCUCUAAACUCUGCCAAGCUAAAAUGUACCCGGGCGUUGAUUAGUCAAAAGUUAUGCGAUAUUUUACACGCACGAUUUUUCCAAACCUCCUGCGCUGGCUGCGAAUCUUCUUCUUGGCUUUCCGACAUUCGUCAAUAAAACCUCCGAUUUCCCAAAUCUCUAGCUCUCUCGCAUUAUUGGCAUAUUAUCACAUUUUCAGCGUCCUAAGCUUUUUCUGUUUCAAUUGACAAGAAAUUGUACACAGGUCACAAGAUUGUUCGGGCCAAAAGGGUGUGUAAAAGGUCUCUUUUUUGUUGGUGUCAGGUGUAGACUGAGUUUCUAUAAGCCAUUAAUGGGCAAUUGCGUAGCUAAGGUAUGCAGGUGGCUCUCUCAAGUUCGGAUUGUUGCAUUUGCUGUCCAAUUUGGGUGCUUUCUUUCUUUGAAAAAUGGAAUCUUGGUCAGUACCCAACAUUUCAUCUUCACCUGCAAGCAAUGCUAAACCUUCCUUCUUUCACAUCACACGCAUUGCAGGAAAAGAACUACGGGGAUGAUUCUGAUCAUACUUUUGAGAUUGCCGGUGGAAAUGUCCACCUCAUCACGACGAAAGAAAGUUGGGAUCAAAAACUGGCUGAAGCACAAAAAGAUGGAAAGAUAGUAGUUGCCAAUUUUAGUGCUGCAUGGUGUGGCCCUUGUCGAAUGAUUGCGCCUUUCUUCGCCGAGCUCUCUGAAAAACACCCUUCGCUUAUGUUUUUGACAGUUGAUGUCGAUGAACUUACUGAUUUUAGUACAUCGUUGGAUAUCAAGGCAACCCCAACCUUCUUCUUCCUUAAAAACGGGCAGCAACUCGAAAAACUUGUUGGUGCAAACAAGCCUGAACUGCAGAAGAAGAUGGAUGCCAUUCUAGAUUCAGAGAACCCUUGCCCGACAUAG